AUGGCGACAACGACCACGGUGACUGAGCCGAUUGAGGCCAUUGAGUUGUCUCACCCUGGCAACAAACACUCGGAGCCACCGCCGCGGACGGAUGAGCCCACAACGCCGAGCCGGUCGGACCGCUUCGACCGCGCAACAUAUCUCAAGCUCAUCAGCGCCGGCUUCUCCUUCUUCGUCGCCGGCGUCAACGACGGGAGCCUUGGCGCCCUCAUUCCCUAUCUCAUCCGCGAAUAUGCCGUCAGCACUGCCAUUGUGUCCAGCGUCUACGGCGCCACGUUCGCGGGAUGGCUGACCUCGGCGCUCACAAACACCCAUCUCUCCCAGUCGCUCGACCUCGGCGCGAUGCUCGCCCUCGGCGCCGCGGUCCAGAUCCUCGCGCACGCCUUGCGCGCCUGGGAUCCGCCGUUCGCGCUCUUUGUCGUCACGUUCUGGUUCGCCAGUCUGGGGCAGGCGUAUCAGGACACCCACGGGAACACGUACGUGGCCGGCGUCAAGGGCGCGCAUCGAUGGCUCGCCUUCAUUCAUGCCAUGUACAUGGCCGGGUGCCUCGUCGGCCCAUUCGUGUCCACGGCUGUGGCAUCGGUGGGCGCGACCUCGAAGUGGUAUCUGUUCUACACGGUUCCCCUGGGCAUUGGCGUCGCGAAUUUGGCCUUGGUGCUUGUCGCGUUCCGCGACACGCUCCGAUUCAAGAAGGCCGCGCCGGUUACUAGCGACGAAGCAGAACCAGGUAGCGGUAAUGUCACAUCGACAGAAGAGAGCGAAACGAGAGAAAUAUCUCGCAACAAAGGCGCCAUGAUGCUCAUCAAGGAAACGGCCCGCCUUCCAAGUGUCUGGCUCCUCAGCACAUUCUUCUUCUUCUACCUCGGCGCCGUCCUGACUGCCAGUGGCUGGGUCGUCGAGUACCUCGUCGAUGUGCGCCAAGGGAGCCUGUCUCAAAUGGGCUACGUACCCGCGGGCUUCAACGGUGGCGCCCUUUUGGGACGGCUCCUGCUCGCGGAGCCGACGCACCGGUUCGGCGCGCGGAGGAUGGUGCUUGGCUACGUGCUCAUCUCCAUUGCUCUACAGCUUGUGUUCUGGCUAGUGCCAAACAUCAUCGCGGCAUCGAUAGCCGUGAGUUUCAUCGGCUUCUUCACUGGGCCGCUCUUUGCAACCGGUAUAGGGCUUGGAUCAAAGCUCUUCCCGGCGCAUCUCCAUUCAACGGCCCUCGCGCUCCUCUUCGUCGUCGCGCAGAUGGGAGGUUCUCUCUUCCCCGUCAUCACCGGUGUCAUCGCGUCAAAUGUAGGCGUCAAAGUCCUACAGCCAAUCUUGAUUGCCCUCCUCGCUGGGACAGCGAUCAGCUGGAUGCUCGUGCCGCGGCCAAAGAAGUCUGGAAACGCGGAGCUGCAUCAGGAAUAG